UGUGUGCUUGCGGACCUCAAAUGCACCGUCUAGUUCCGGUGGAAGUAAAGAAAAUACAAAACAAUACAACAUAUAUAUCACCUACAACCUUUGCAAGGCCAAGGACACCAGAGUUAGAUAGAAAGAAAAACCAAAAGAGAUACUGAAAAUCAACCUCAUCCACCGUUUCUCUCUUAGUUCAAAAUCACAGGUUCCACCCAUUUAAAAAGAAAAAAAAAUGUUAAUCCCAGUCGUGCAGAACCGCCACCAAUAAAAAUCCUUGACCCUUUUGUGCACUGUGGGUGGCUGCGAUAUAUAGCGCAGGUGGCAGUACAUGGAAAGACCAUUGCUGCGCUGGCACUGCUGUAAUUUGCUUCAUUAGAAAAACGCCAUAGCCUCUUGUCUCUACGAUGUUCAGUUCUGUGGCGUGUGUCUUUCUCUUGCUUUCCCUGGGCGCGGCGACCCCUUAUGGUUCCAACUGGAAUAAACAUGAGUACCACAAUCCACAUGGAUGUGCAACCAACGUGCACCACGUCACCAAAAUAUUGAGCAGCACAGAAACCAGCACUGUUACGGUCACCGCAGCCACAGCCACAACAACGACGACGGCAACGAAGACUGAAACCGAAACGAAGACUCUUACAGAAACAUUUACUUCAGCAGUCGCCGGUAGCACUACAACGAAGCUCCUGACGACUGCAACGACGACCACAAAGUCCGUGACAGAAACCGCCACAUCAACCACAACAGCAACAUCCACAAAGACAGUGACAGAGGCAAGUGCCUUUACUCUCUCAUGAUAACAACUGCCAACAGGUA